AAUUAUUUCUGAACAUCAAAUAAUAAACAAAAAUAGCAGUUAAUAGUUUCAAACCGUCAGAUUAGAACUGCACAACCCUGCAGUUCGAUCGAGUUAACUUUAUUAACGACGUUAUCCAUCAUCUUCUCUUUCUUUCUCUUCCCUCUAUCCUCAUAAACCCUAUACACUCCACUUUCUGCACUCUACUACAGUUAAACGACGUCGUCGUUUCAAACUCAAACCAUGAACAUGAACCCUUCCACGCUCAAAACUCACCGUUCCAUUUUAUUACCCUCUCCUUCACCUGUACGCACACAACGACGUCGUUUUAAGGUCUCACUACCUCGCUGUUCCUCUGACGCUACCAACCCUACUUCUUCUUCGCCACCGCCGCGACCGGUGAAGGAACUCAAUGGAAUUGAAAACCUAGUUGAUAAAUUGCCUCUUCCGGCUAGACUUGCUACCUCCGCCGUCAUCGUUGCCGGCGCCGUUGCGGCUGGAUACGGUUUAGGUUUACGGUUUGGAGGAAGCCGUAAUGCUGCGCUUGGUGGUGCGGUGGCUGUUGGUGUUGCCGGUGGUGCUGCUGCGUAUGCUUUGAAUGCUACUGCACCGCAAGUUGCGGCGGUUAAUUUGCAUAAUUAUGUUGUAGGGUUUGAUGAUCCUUCGAAGUUGAAUAAGGAAGAUAUUGAAGCCAUUGCAAAGAAGUAUGGUGUUAAUAAGCAAGAUGAAGCAUUUAAAGCUGAGAUUUGCGAUAUAUAUUCCGAGUUUGUAUCUUCUGUGAUUCCACCUGGUGGGGAGGAACUUAAAGGUGAUGAAGUUGAUAGGAUUGUCAACUUCAAAAGUUCUAUAGGUAUUGAUGACCCGGAUGCUGCUACUGUACAUAUUGAGAUUGGUAGGAAACUUUAUAGGCAAAGGCUUGAAGUUGGGGACCGUGAGGCAGAUGUUGAGCAACGUCGGGCGUUUCAAAAGUUGAUAUAUGUGUCAAAUAUUGUAUUUGGAGAUGCGUCGUCUUUUCUUCUACCAUGGAAGCGUGUCUUCAAGGUUACCGAUUCCCAGGUUGAAGUAGCUAUACGCGAUAAUGCUCAGCGACUAUAUGCUUCCAAGCUGAAAUCCGUUGGCAGAGAUCUUGAUCUUGAGAAACUUGUUACACUUAGAGACGCGCAACGUUUAUGUCGCCUUUCAGAUGAGCUUGCUGGGAACUUGUUUAGAGAGCAUGUAAGGAAUUUGGUUGAGGAAAAUAUUUCAGUGGCUCUUGGAAUACUUAAAUCUCGCACAAGAGCAGUUCCCGGAGUGAGCCAAGUUGUUGAGGAGCUUAAUAAAGUAUUGAUGUUUAAUGAUUUACUCAUCUCAUUUAAGAAUCAUUCGGACAUAGAUCGCCUUGCCCGUGGUGUUGGUCCAGUUUCUUUAGUUGGUGGUGAGUAUGAUGGUGACAGAAAGAUGGAGGACUUGAAACUCCUUUACAGGGCUUAUGUUUCAGAUGCUCUGUCUAGUGGGCGCAUGGAAGAUAAUAAGCUUGCUGCACUAAAUCAGUUAAAGAAUAUAUUUGGACUGGGUAAGCGUGAAGCAGAAGCUAUUUUACUUGAUGUUACAUCCAAGGCAUAUCGGAAACGACUUGGACAAGUUGUUUCAAAUGGCGAGUUAGAAAUAGCAGAUAGUAAAGCAGCAUUCCUUCAAAAUCUAUGCGAUGAAUUGCAUUUUGAUCCGCAAAAGGCCAGUGAACUUCAUGAAGAAAUUUAUCGCCAAAAGCUUCAGCAAUGUGUUGCUGAUGGACAGCUCAAUGAUGAGGAUGUUGCUGCUUUGUUGAAGCUGCGAGUAAUGCUCUGUGUACCUCAACAAACUGUUGAAGCAGCUCAUGCAGAUAUUUGUGGCAGUUUGUUUGAAAAGAUUGUCAAGGAUGCAAUUGCGUCAGGGGUUGAUGGUUAUGAUGAUGAAGUCAAGAAAGCAGUGAGAAAAGCAGCACAUGGCUUGCGACUUACAAGGGAGACUGCUAUGUCUAUUGCAAGCAAGGCGGUGAGGAAGAUGUUUAUUACUUAUGUUAAACGUGCACGAUCAGCCAAAAAUAAUACAGAGUCUGCAAAAGAACUGAAGAAGCUGAUAGCUUUCAACACCUUAGUUGUAACUGAAUUGGUGGAGGACAUAAAAGGGGAGUCUGCUGAUGUUUCAACUGAAGAACCUGUGAAAGAGGACAUUAAAGAAACUGAAGAUGGAGAAUGGGAAUCGCUUCAGUCACUCAAAAAAAUAAGACCAGACAAAGAACUUUUAGAAAAGAUGGGAAAGCCUGGUCAGACAGAAAUUACUCUUAAAGAUGAUCUUCCAGUAAGGGAUAGAACUGAUCUUUACAAGACAUUCUUGCAUUACUGUCUAACUGGUGAUGUCACUAGGAUUCCAUUUGGUGCUCAGAUCACAAAAAAGAAGGAUGAUUCAGAGUACGUUUAUUUAAAUCAGCUUGGUGGGAUCCUGGGUUUGACUGCCAAAGAAAUAAUGGAAGUCCAUAGGGGUCUUGCUGAGACAGCUUUUAGGCAACAAGCUGAGGUACUUUUGGCUGAUGGACAGUUAACAAAGGCCAGGGUGGAACAGCUUGGUAAGCUGCAGAAGGAAAUAGGCUUAUCGCAAGAAUAUGCUCAGAAAAUCAUCAAGAGUAUAACCACUACAAAAAUGGCAGCUGCCAUUGAAACAGCUGUAACUCAAGGGAGGCUCAAUAUGAAGCAGAUUAGGGAACUUAAGGAAUCCAAUGUUGAUUUAGACAGCAUGGUAUCUGUGAGCUUGAGAGAAACCCUCUUCAAGAAAACUGUUGGUGAUAUUUUCUCAUCUGGUACUGGGGAGUUUGAUGAGGACGAAGUAUAUGAAAAAAUCCCAUCAGAUCUCAACAUCAAUAAAGAAAAAGCAAGAGGUUUUGUUCGUGACCUUGCACAAAGUAGACUAUCCAAUGCACUCAUUCAAGCCGUGGCGUUAUUAAGGCAGAGAAAUCACAAGGGAGUGGUUUCUUCCCUCAACAACUUGCUGGCUUGUGAUAAAGCAGUACCCUCACAGACACUUUCAUGGGAAGUGGCGGAGGAACUUGCUGAUCUAUACACCAUAUACUUGAAGAGUGAUCCAAGUCCUGAGAAAUUGUCUCGUUUGCAGUAUCUGUUAGGCAUAAAUGACACCACUGCAGCUGCUCUUCAAGACUCGGGCGAUAGAUUACUUGAUAUUACCGCGGACGAAGAGAAAUUUGUAUUCUAGUUCUAGUCAUGUAAUGUAAUGUUUGGCAGUAGGAGGGCAUAUUGGACAGGCCACGAGCCCUCACAAUUCUGUAAUUUUUUAUUUGCCAUUUUGUUAAAUGUUAAAGGGAAGGAUAUCAUGAUAGAUUCUUGGAGUAGAGAUGAGUGCAGUGUUAGACGUUGAGAUCAUUAGAUAAUGUGUGUAUUGUGACAGUUUAAAAAAUUAAUCGCUAUUUGGUAUGAAUAAUGAGAAUAAGUUGUUACUUAUGUAGACAGCUUGUUUUGUCA